CACUAGUAACUUGUGGUAUUCAGUUUCGUGCUGGCCGUCAGAAACCUCGUAAACUUUCACGCUCCAGGCACCUUCCAAUAAGAGGUUCACCGCCGCCAGAGUUCCUCGUUGUUAGUUGACAGACUGACAGCAAAAAUCUCUUAGUAAAGCUGGAGGAGGAUCCAACCAGCCCGCUGCCCACUGGUGAAGGCUUCGUGAUGCUGGGGAGGGCAGCUCUGGUGGUGGCCGUGACGACCCUCGCUUGGAGGACGUCCUCAGCACGCACCGAGCUGUCGCCCUUUUGCAGGGAGGUGAACCACGCCUUCAUCUGUACCUUUUUCAACACCACUAAGAACGUAGUGACGGCCGCCGUACCAGUGUCGACAGAGGUUGCGACACAGCAUCCUGUCAUCUUGUGCCCGCGAACCCUCCACGUCAGCAAUGAUUCUUCAGCGGCUUGGGAAACUGCGACGCCUGGCCAGCCACAUGUGACCCACCGUUCCUUGACAGGAGCAAUGGCAAACGUGACAGCUACCCAUACAUUCCCCAGCAACAGCGGGAGUGCCAGGCCAGGGAAUACCUCUGGAAUGCUGUACCAGCCGCAGCAAGACUGUGCCGUCAAUAUUUCUCUCCAAUAUUCAACAAUUAAUAGACUACAAGGACAUUUCGUGGCGGCAAGUCUGUCUAAAAGUAAAAUAGGAGACUUGCAUGGAACUUUCGUCAGGUUAAAUACGAGUAAUACCGUGGUGACCAACAUGUCUCUAAGUGGCGGGAUCGUAAGGAUGGAGUACACCAAAAUCACGUUUGUCCGUCAGCUGAAGGCGGAACGAAUGUUAGAGCUGAACAGCUGUCACCUGGGAACUGUGUCGCCCCGCGGGCUACUGCUCUUCUCACCAGGUCGAGAGGAGCCGCUCCUGGUACACACGCUGCGUGACGUAGUGGUGCAGAGGCUGGAGGCAGGCUCGCUGCAGGUGGUGACUGGGAAGGUCAGUGUCACCAACAUGACAGUAGAGUGGAUGGAUCGAGACGCUGUCACGGUUCGAAGCCCAGGUGAGCUCACCUUGACUGACACGAUGUUUCACUGUGACCCGCUGUACUACUGCCUCAACCUAGAGAUGGGCGCCAGACUCGUCCUCAGAAACGUGACCAUCAGGAACAGGACCAUAACCAAGAUGGAUCUUGUGGCCACUUCCAAAAGCAAUAUGUACCCGCUGUUCGCUCUGGUCUCCAAGGACGAUCGCGGCCCUUUGGUUAUGACCUUUCCCUGGUACUGGGUGAUGAUCAUGACCGUCUGUGGGAUCGUGGCUGGGAUAGUGAUCGGCAGCGCCCUUGUGUGGAAGCGACCGUCUCUGCCCAGCAGCGCAAUGUUCAUCACUUUGUCGGAUCUUUUGUCCCAUGACCGACUUCAGGGGGAUAACGUGGAGGAGGCCGCCAGGGACGACAACGCUCGGGACAUCUUGCAGCGACCCAACCUCACCAGGCAAGAUUCUGGCCUCACCUCCUCCUCCUUCGCCUCCUACAGGCCUUUCCAGACGUCUAUCUGCACGACGGAGAUAGAGUGUGACGGUACCUCCAGCAGCUACAAUAAUGCCGUUACCGACAACUUGUAAACAGAACACUGGACAGUAUUUGAAAAGACGCCGAGGAAAAUUUCAGCAUGCAUCAGUUAUUGGAGGACCAGUUGAAAGUUCCCUCCUCUUGUACAUGCUGCUCAGUGUCCAACAUUGCUCAAAUAAGGAUUAAAAAAAAAAAAAUGUGGUUAAUUUGAUCAGAUUUUCUAGUGUGCAACAUAAGUGAAGGACAUUGCAUGAUUUGUGUUGACCUAUGUUGCAUAAAGAGCCACAACACAAUUUACAGGCGUUAUAUGGGUUAAUAAAAGCGAGGGAUGUGGCAUCAGAUAAGUCUUGUCUAUUGAAGUCUGCUGUCAGCAUGUAUAUAGAUGUACUUCGUCCAGAGGUUUAAUUUAUUCCGAGGAGUGCAGUGGGUUGUUGGGCUCCCAGACACGCCACCAGUCCUCGUCACGUCAUAUCACUCAGGCCACACAGAGGACGGCUGGCGUGAUGUAUAGAUAGACAGGGACGAGAGUGGAGGAGGAGGGACGGUGUUUGCAUGGAAUGCAAAGUGGAUUGUGUGGAACUUACGAGAAACUGAAAAAAAACUAAGUUACUACUACUACUACUACUACUACUACUACUACUACUACUACUACUACUACUACUACUACUACUACUACUGCUACUGCUGCUACUACUACUAAUACUAAUACUACUACUUCCAAUACUACUACUACUACUACUACUACUACUACUACUACUACUAUAAUAAUAAUAAUAAUUAUUAUGAAAUAAUAAUCAAGAAAUGUAACAAUAAAAUGCGAGUGUGCAGUGAAGGCAGAGGGACACCAUACAGUGCACGGUAAGAUGAACUGCGACAGCAAACAGCAGUACAAAAAUAAAAGUAUGUCACUGAAGUGGAAACUGAAUGUAGAUGAAACUGUGGAAGUGUGGCGUAAGUGUGGAGUUUAUGUGCAAGCAACAGAUGGUGACGGAAGACAGGAUGCGAUUGCGUACUCAGAACGGAAAUUGAAAGGAAUGAACAUUUAUUUUUCCUUGUGUGUGUGUGUGUGUGUGUGCGUGUGUGAAUAUAAAUUCGCGAAAAAUGUAGCGGGUCAUGAAGAAACAUAAAAAAAGAACAAUACAGCAGAGAAAGUAUG